CAGGCGCUGGAACUCUCCCCUGGCAGGAGGAUCAACUGCUCGGGGAUCGUCCGCGGGGACGAGAAGGCCAUCCAGGAGGCCCAGCUUAGCAACCUGGAGGUUUCGAACAAAAGGGUUUCCCUGACACCCGGCGAGUACCUGACCAUGACGAAGGACUGCAGCAGCUUCAAGGAUAGCCGGCGGUUCAUUGAGUUCCCGCUGAGCCAGGAGGAGGCGGAGUUCCCCAUUGCCUACUCCAUGGGCUUCCGCAAUGUCUUUGUGGCUAGCCGACUGGAAAAGGUGGUUUAUGCCUCCUGGUCCCGGCUGCAGGCUGACCUCAACUGCAUGAAGGACCUGUUAGAGAGCCCUGUGCCAUGGCGCUACGUCCUCAACACCUGUGGCACCGAUUUCCCCAUCAAGACCAACGCAGAGAUGGUCCGCGCCCUGAAGGCCCUGCGGGGGCGAAACAGCAUGGAGUCAGAGAAGCCCUCAGCCCUCAAGCAGGAGCGCUGGCAGUACCACCACAAAGUGGGUGAGACCAUCUUCCGGACAGCCACAGAGAAACUGCCGCCACCUCACAGCUCUCCCAUGUUCACAGGCAACGCAUACAUCGUGGUCACACGGGCCUUCGUGCAGCACAUCUUUGAGAACCCCAUAGCACAGCAGUUUCUCGAGUGGGCCAAGGACACCUACAGCCCUGAUGAGCACGUCUGGGCCACCCUCAACCGCAUGCCUGGCGUGCCAGGCGCCAUGCCUCAGAGCGACAAAUUCCAGCUUUCGGACAUGAACGCCCUGCCCCGCCUGGUCAAGUGGCAGUACCUGGAGGGCGAGUCUAGGCGGCGGCGCCUCAGGGCCAGCAGGAGGAAUUGGGGAGCUGCGCUGGCCGCGGGAUCCUUCCGCGGUGAGGGCGGCCCCCUGAGGACAAGCGCUAUUGCGCGGAAAGUUUGUGCCUUGCGCGGAGUUGGCGGGCGUGUGAGGUAUCCCACCGUGGAAACGGCCGCGCGGCCCGGCGGGGCGCCCCGGGAAGGAGGCGGAGGCCCCGCUGGCGGGGUUGAGGGACAGGAGGCGCCCCCCGCACCUCCACCCGACGGUUCUCCUCAGAGACGCCGCCCGGCGUCCCCAAGCAGCUCUCUGACAGCCCGUCUUAGAGAAACGGAGGUGGUGUGA